AUGGAGUCUCUUAAUCCAUACAUAAGCCAAUUGGACCCAUACCUGCACACCUUCAGCCGGAUCCGACAGGAGUCUUCAUUCCUUCUCGCGGCAAUCCUAGCAGCAGCCGCAAAGGCAUUCAAUCCUGCUCUAUACAAGAAACUCCGCGAACAUGCAGAAGGUCUCCUUGCCUCUACGUUCAGGAAAGGGACCAAGUCAGUUGAGACUGCCCAAGCGGUGAUGAUUUUGACCUACUGGAAAGAGUCUGAAGACACACGUGCCUGGAUGCUCCUGGGAUACGUGAUCAGGAUGGGCAUGGAAUUGGGCUGGCAUAGGCUGGCUCCUUAUUCGCCGCAAUCAAACGCGGCCAUGGAUUUGGAGCGACGUCAAGCCAGGAACAUCGAGAGAACCUGGCUAAUUCUCUUUGUCUACGAUCGAAGUAUGAGCUUACAAACUGGAAAGCCGUGGAUGAUUGAACGAAGUGAGUUCAUCGAGUCUAUUGAGCCAUGGUGUAAAGAUGCAAUGGCUACUCCUGGUGAUUGCCUGCUCGGUGCGCUGGUAACAUUGCGACUGUUGAGUUCAGAGGUUUUCAGGCUACUAGGACCGAGGUCAAGUCGAGUUCGCGCCAGACAACUACACAGUCUCGAAUCUCUCCUCGCAAUUAUCAAGAGCAGAAUCGAGGAGUGGGAGACGAGGUGGCUCAGGGUCGCAGAUACAGGUAUGCUCAAAUCCCAAGCCAUGAAAGUUAGCUAG